AUGGAAGCCUCGGGAUGUAGGCGCCAGGAGCCGCGCAGCCCUACGUCUCUUCCCUUUCGGUCAGGAGACUCUCCCCUUUCGUCGCCGCUCGCUCGUGAACUGGGUUCGCAUCCGUCCUCCGGUUUCUCCUCAGGCGCCUCCUGUGGACAGCGCCUCUUCCGUGUCCUCCAUGUUGCCGCGCUUCUGUGCCGGUUUCUCCUCAAACAGGUGUUGCGUGGGGCUGCAGCUCUCAGCCUAGCGACGCGCGAGGUUUGCCGCUCCUGCUGCUCCGGCCUCGGUCGCGCCUUGUCCGACGCCGGCUGGUCGAGCUGUCCCUGGGAGACAGAUGGAGUGUAUGCAGACGGCGCGGGCGCGGCGGGUUCUGGAAGCGGGCGAGAUGACGGAAAGAAAACGGGGCCGCCGUGCCGGCUUCGCCUGCUGCUCAGCGGCCCGCGACAGGCUGGCAAGACGGCGCUUCUGUAUCGCCUGAAAAUCGGAGGCUUCAUUCCCACUGUCCCCUCGAUGGGUGUUCAGCGGGAGGAGUUCUCCGUGACGCUGGACGUGCAUCGCCCGGCUGCACCAUCUGCGCCCGGGCCUCAGGCCGUCUCGUCGAAAACGAAGUUCUCUGCGUCCGCGAAUGCGCGACAAAGCUCGUCGAAGGCAGGGAGACCGCAGCGGUCAGACAGCCCCGGGGCCCUCGACCGCGCAUCCAGUGUCUCCCUUCUCGAGGAAGGCUUCAUGAGCGGCGCAGAUGCAGCGGGCGGAGGAAAGUCCUCGCGUCUCGUCGAAGCGCCAGUACCGUCCCCAGUCCCCUGCACAGUAGAGCGGCGAAAAUGCUCUCUCGUCGUGUGGGACCUCGCCGGCGGCGAUGGCAUCGAAACCCGGUGGCGAGCGACGCAGGAGGCGUGCGACGCGGUGGUGUACGUUCUCGACAGCACUCUGUUCACGGGCUUGGAGAAGUCUUCCGUCAAACAACGCGCAUUAGAAGAUGCCCGUCGGGAGAUCCUGGCGCUGUUUUACGAGGAGUAUUUCGUGCUGCACAAAAACGUCAGGUUUUUGCUCUUCGCCAGCAAACAGGAUCUGCGGAGCGCGGCACCGGCCUUGCAGGUCCUGGAGCUCUUGGAUUUGCCCGAAGAUCUUCGGGAAAGGCUACACGUCGUACCCUGCAGCGCGGUUUCCGGGGAAGGCCUGUUGAAGGGUUUGGAAUGGCUCUCGAGUACCGCCCGCUGCUCCUGCUUCUCCGCUGGAGAUGGCGACAGAUCGACGGUCGACAGUUCCUGGCUGCCUCCAUCCUGUCCUGCGGCAAAGCCGACAGCCUCGGCGGUCCAGGACGCCGAGUGCUCUUCUAGCGGGGGCCGGGAGAGUCCUUCGACUGGCAAGGCUUGGCGCUCGAAUCCGUCAUGCCAGGCCUGCACGAAAGGACACACUUUUCUCCCGGAGCCUGGUGUGUCGGGGCAACUUUGCGCACCGGCGACAGCAGAGAGGCCUGGCGCGUCGGCCGCGUGGAACGAAGCAGAGACAAACGAUAUUUUGGGACAAGCAGGCGCAGAAACCUGUGAGAAGCCCAGGAGCGCAGGCAGAAGGGACGCACCGGCGGUUGAUUUGUUAUCUUUCCGGCAGGAGCUUAGAGACCCGGUAGACGUGUCCACAGGAAGCCAGCGGUCGGCGCAGAUGGCUGAACUUGAGUUGUGA